AUGGGCCAUCUCUAUGCAUUAGACUUUGAUGGAGUUCUUUGUGAUACAUGUGGAGAGACAGCUAUCUCUGCUCUCAAGGCUGCCAAGUUGAGAUGGCCGACCCUGUUUGAAAGUGUGGAUUCUGCCACAGAAGAUUGGAUUGUUGAACAGAUGAUUAGAGUGAGACCAGUGGUGGAAACUGGAUAUGAAACUCUUUUACUCGUGAGGUUGUUGCUCGAGACAAGAGUUCCUUCCAUCAGAAAAUCUUUGGUGGCAGAGGGUCUCACAGUUGAGGGCAUAUUAGAGAGCUGGUUCGAAUUGAAGCCUAUUGUCAUGGAAGAGUGGAAAGAAAAUAGAGAUGAUCUGAUCCAUUUAUUUGGAAAGGUUAGAGAUGAUUGGUUGGAGAAGGAUUUCACUGGUUGGAUUCAAGCCAACAGAUUCUAUCCUGGUGUUACUGAUGCAUUAAGGUUUGCAAGCUCAAGAGUGUACAUUGUCACCACAAAACAGAGCCGGUUUGCCGAUGCGUUACUUAGAGAACUUGCUGGAAUAACUAUACCACCAGAAAGAAUAUAUGGUCUAGGAACCGGACCUAAGGUAGAAGUGCUGAAGAAACUUCAAAAAAUGCCAGAACACCAAGGACUGACACUACACUUUGUGGAAGAUAGGUUUGCAACCCUUAAAAAUGUCAUCAAAGAGCCAGAGUUAGAUAAUUGGAAUUUGUAUCUAGUGGAUUGGGGGUUCAACACUCAGAAAGAGAGGGACGAGGCAGCAGCCGACCCAAGGGUUCAGCUUCUUGAGCUCUCUGAUUUCAGCACCAAGCUGAAAUAA